CAUCUACGCACACACGCGCACGCUCGACGGUCGCCAUUUUCCUCGCGCGUACAUUGCUCGGACGUGCGUGCGACAUAUUUUUUUUGUACUAUAAACAAUAACAAACAAAAUGGCGUCGCCGGCAGAUUACAUGAAAACCGAAGACGACGAAGACGACGAUCUGAAAUUAACUGAGCAAAUACCGGUAGAGAUGCCGUGCGAAAUCGUCGAGACUGUGGUUGACCAGAAUGGUCGGCAAAUAAUUAUGACGCCUGUCCAAGGGCUGACGAAAAACGACAACACCACUAUGCUAUUACAGGCGGGUCAUCAUCAGCACCAGCACCACAACCACCAUCAGCACCACCAUCCUCACCAUCAAGAUAUGGAUGAUGGUCAGCUCACUUACGUUUACGAGAGCGUCGUACCCCAAGAGCUGUAUGCUCAGCCUGAAAGCCCAGGACCGUCCAGGUUUAAAAAAGAAAAUACAGAAGAUCAUUAUUUAACUCAAACUAAUGUUCCAUCACCACCUGAACCAGUACCACUUGGUCGACCAAGAAAAUGGGAACAAAAGCAAGUUCAAAUUCGAACAUUAGAAGGAGAAUUUUCUGUAACUAUGUGGGCUUCCGGAACAGAUGAUGAUUACAUUUUAGAAGAAGUUAGCAACCCCGAACCUGAUCCAGAUCCUGAUUAUGAAGAAUAUAUGACUGAGCAAACAAUUUCUGAAGAAAUACCUCAAAUAAACCUUAGUGAUCCAAAACAACUCUCAGACUUUGCAAGACCGAGUCAUAAGUCAAAAGUUAAAAAAUCUUAUACUUCAGAAAUGAUGGACCGUACCAUUGCGUGCCCUAAUAAAAACUGCUCAAAAAUGUUCCGCGAUAACUCAGCUAUGCGAAAGCAUUUGCAUACUCAUGGACCACGUGUUCAUGUGUGUGCUGAGUGUGGUAAGGCGUUUGUUGAGAGUUCAAAACUUAAACGCCAUCAAUUAGUACAUACUGGAGAGAAACCUUUUCAGUGUACUUUUGAAGGCUGUGGUAAAAGGUUUUCAUUAGACUUCAAUCUCAGAACACAUGUAAGGAUACACACAGGUGACCGACCAUAUGUGUGUCCAUUUGAUGCAUGUAAUAAAAAGUUUGCCCAAUCGACUAACUUGAAGUCUCAUAUAUUAACACAUGCAAAAGCAAAUAGACAUAUGUCACGACCAAGACCUAGUUCAAAUCGGUCAAUAAAUCCGGUACCAGAAGAUUUAAAUCAACAGUAUGUUAAUGUAGAAAUACCAGAUGUUGAUCACCAACAUUUUAUUGUUUAUGCUGAAUAAUGUAUAUAAUAUAACAGUGUAACGUGAUGAUAAUUAGUACCUCAAACCACGUGACUGAAAUCAAAACCUACUCUAAGAGCAAAUAUGUAAUGCAGAAUUUUGUACAUAUCUACUAAGUAAUAAGUAAAUUUAGAUACA